AGGAAUGUGACAUCUUUCGAACUAACAAUUUACUACUUCUGCAUUCAAAAUGACCUUGUGGGAUGCCCACAUGCGUUGUCGCACGCAUUGUUGCACUUAAUCACCCCUCGCCUGAUUGUCGCAUCGAGUAAAGCUGGGACCUUGCAGUCUGCCUGACACGUAUAGCUUAUGGCCCUGGGCGUCCAACACUUUGCGCUUCAUAAAGAUCUACGUAAAACACCUAGAAGCUGGCAAGCAUACAGCUGUGAAAGAUGCGACUCGUGGUGCUGGGUGGCAACGGCAGGACCGGUGUUCACCUCGUUGAACAAGCUUUGGAGAGAGGUCAUAACAUCACCGCGUUAGUCCGAAAUCCUGCUAAGCUGCCUACUAGACCUGGUCUUCAUGUCUGCGAAGGCACUCCACUUAAUCUCGAAGAUGUCUACAAAACGUUCAAGGCAGGUAGCUGCUAUACACGUCCUGAAGCAGUGAUUGUCUGCCUUAACCCCAGCCGUGCUUCGGACAGCCCAUUUUCCCGCCCCACAGCCCCCCCACGCUUCAUGGCCGAUAGCGUCGCCAACGCCAUUACAGCAAUGAGAUUACACAACGUCCCCAAAAUCGUCAUUAUGCAAGCCUUGGGUGUUGGCAAUAGUUUUUCCAAUCUCCCAUGGUGGAUGCGCUACGUACGGUACUGGACCUACAUGAAACAUUCCUACGACGAUCACGACCUCGUCAAUAACGAAGUCCAGCUGGCGGGCGUUACUUAUGUCCUGCCGCGCCCGCCUUGGCUGACAAAUGGGGAGGCAUCCCCGGUACGUACCUUUGGGAACACUGGACAUGGUAUUGGGACUUUUGCUAUGAUAUCGCGGAAGUCAGUGGCAAACUUCUUGUUAGAUGCGUGUGAGAGAGACGACUGGGAUGCGAGCACGCCGGUCAUUGCAAGAUAAAUCACUAUUAAGCUCACCAUAGCACGACGAGGCGCAGCAGAGAGCUACUGGUUGGUCCCAUGUCAUGUUGCUUUGCACAGAGAGUCUAUUCCCAGAGUCGCACUAGAUCUGACGCGGGCUGACGCCGGCUAGAUCACAUCGUCUGUAGUA